AUGGCAGCUCGAAUGGAUCCAUUGAAGUACUUGUUUGGGAAGAUCGCUUUGAGUGGAAGACUGUCAAGAUGGUUGAUCCUACUAGCAGAAUUUGAUCUGAAGUAUGUGGCAAGGAAAACCAUCAAAGGGAGUAUCGUAUUAGAUUUUUGUGCCGAGAACCCCGUGGAGGGAGAGGAUGGUAUAGAAGAUUUUCUGGAUAAGGAUAUUUUGGAUAUUGAGCUAGGAGCAUGGAAGAUGUAUUUUGAUGGAAUUGUGAACCAAUAUGGAAAUGGGAUAGGAGUAUUCUUGAUCACCCCCAAAGGAUCUCACAUACCCUUGGCAAUUGAGUUAAAAUUUGAGGCAACCUCUAACAUGGCGGAAUAUGAGGCUUGUAUCGCUGUAAUGAAAGCUCUCCAAGAAUUGGGGGUGAAAGAGCCUGAGGUUUUUAGAGAUUUGACUUUGGUUAUAGCUCAAGCACAAAGAUUGUGGAAAGUGAAGGAAGAGCACUUAAAACCUUAUCAGCAGUAUCUAGAGGAUUUGACCAAAACUUUUGACAAAAUUGAGUACAUAAUCAUCCCUAGAGCUCAGAAUCAGUUUGCAGAUGCCUUGGCUAUCUUAGCUUCCAUGCUUGAAAUACUCGAAGAAGUGUGGAUGCGACCCUUAGAGAUUGAACAAAGUUAUGGGAUGGUACACAAAGAGAAAACUGAAGCUUUAGUUUUGGCUAUAGAAGAGGAAGGGGUUCCUUGGUAUUAUGAUAUCAUGAAAUUUUUAGAAUUAGGGCUAUAUCUUGAUGGUGCUGACAAGAGAGAUUAUCAUUCAAUUAGGAUAAUGGCAAUGUAA